CUUGUCAUUCUUUUAGAGAGAGAGAGAGAGAGAGAGAGAUUAUGGGAGGAGGAGGAGGAGGAGGAGAGAGUUGGGCUAUGGCGGGGAAGUUAUGUGAUUCGUGUAAAUCGGCGACGGCUACGCUAUUCUGCCGACCGGAUUCAGCCUUCUUAUGUGUUCCAUGCGAUUCCAAGGUCCAUGCCGCAAACAAGCUCGCUUCACGCCAUGCUCGCGUUUGGAUGUGCGAGGUCUGCGAGCAGGCGCCGGCGUCAGUCACUUGUAAGGCUGACGCUGCCGCCCUAUGUUCUACCUGCGAUCGUGAUAUUCACUCCGCUAAUCCACUCGCCAGACGUCACGAGCGGUUCCCAGUCGUGCCGUUUUAUGAACCGGCCGCCACAGCCCCCAAGUACUGUUGUGCUGGAGAAGAUCGGUAUUGCUUAGAUCUGGAAUCUGGUGGUGGUGGAGAGGCGGAGGAAGCAGAGGCGGCUUCAUGGCUUCUACCGAAUCCUACACCUAAAGUCUUGGAUAAUUCGGAGCCUAAACCGACUGACUACAACAACAUCUUCUCUGUUAUGGAUCCUUACCACCUGGAUCUAGAUCUAGAUCUCAUGAUGUCAGAUCAAAAGCAUCAGAAUCAUCAACUCAACAACAACAACAACCACAACAACUCUUGUGCCGACGGUGUUGUUCCUGCUGUCCACCAGAUUAAGGAUGACGACGACGACUUACAACACCCUUCUUCUGAUGUUCCUUCAAUCGUCGACGGCGUUCCAUGCUUCGAAGUAGACUUCUCCGGAUCCAAACCGCCUUACCUCUACAACUUCACUUCUCAGACAAUCAGUCCAACUUUGUCAUCAUCAUCCAUGGACGUUGGAGUGGUGCCAGAUCACAACGCCGCCGCCAUGGGAGACGUUUCCACCGCAACCUUGCCGAGCGUACCCUUGACCGGCUUGGACAGGGAGGCCAGAGUUUUGAGGUACAGAGAGAAGCGAAAGAAUCGCAAAUUCGAGAAGACAAUCCGCUACGCUUCCAGGAAGGCAUACGCUGAGACCCGGCCUCGUAUCAAAGGCAGAUUUGCCAAGCGAACACCAGUUCUCGAACCGGCCAUUGCAGACACUGGAUACGGCGUCGUUCCAUCAUCCUUCUAGUUUCAUUUUUUCACUGUGUUUUUUGCAAAACUGUUUCAGGCUAUAUGUACAUAAAGUCUUCAUAAUUAUAAAACUUUGGGUUUAACCUAUUUUGAUA